AGACAAGGGCCCUUUAACCUUUUGACAUUGAGUACAAAAGGUGUUCGCCCGCGUCUCCAUUUGUUCGUCACUUCUCCCCUACGAAUAUACAUCGCGACCAUCACUAAAUCGACCAAGAUGUUCAAGCAACGAUCUCACGAGACCCAUCACAACACUCACGUCCCCGAGAUCAAGGGUCAUCCCGGCGACUACACCGUCGCUAUUCUCGGCGACAGCCUCUUUGAGCGAUUCAAAACAACCGGUAAAUUCGUGAGCGCCGAACCCACCGACGAGAUGUUCAAGCUUCGAUCUCAUCAAACCCACCACAACACCCACGUUCCCCAGAUCAAGGGCAACCCGGGCCAGUACACCACCGCUGUUCCUGAUGCCAGCGGUGUUGAGCGCUUCGAGACCACGGGACGAAUGCUGAGCAUCAACAAGGACUCGCGUAUUCUCAACCUCGGUGUUGGCGGCGACAAGAUCUUGAAUGUUCAGUAUCGCAUGGAUCAAGGUCUUGUCCACCUUCUCAAGCAGCAUCAGCCGAACAUCAAGACUAUGUACAUUCACAUGGGAUCCAACAAUCUCAAGAAGCAGGGUCUUCGAAAGGGCGAUGUUGAUGCCUACGGCGCGUUGAUCAAGCAGCUGCGCACUGAGUUUCCCGACAUGACAAUCGUCAUCACUGCUUUGUUCAUCCAGCGAGGUCUGGGACUUGAUGUGAUUGAACAAACCAACACGACUCUCAAGGGUAUCGCUGAUGAACAUGGAUGCGAGUUCCUCCCUUUUGGAGAUGAACAGGCGGGCAUCAUGAGUGAGGACAAUGUUCAUCUGAACGAGUUUGGGUACCGCAAGUGGAACGAGAUCCUUACCAACGACAUGAACAGCCGCUAAGCAGCGCGCCCGUAUCAACUUGACGAGGAUAAACAGGACUUAGGUGGUCGGAGGACUGCCAUGCAUUUGCAUUUGACGCAAGCGAGCCAUCGUUUCUACAGAAGUAAGUCACCUAAAGGAUGUUCCGUUAAUCAGUCGACUAAUUCUUUCUUUUCAGUAAGCAUAGGGAUAUACUUGCGGCAUAAGAUGUCGCCUAUUGGUCCUGAUCACGAUAUUGCAUGUGGAUGAUUAAGGUCGCGAAUGGUGGUAUCACCUUGAAUGAAAGAUGCACCUGGGCAGGAUCAC